AGCGCUGCUCCGCUUAAUCUAUAAAUACCACCUCCUCAGCCCUCGGAGCAACAUAGAGAAGUGACUAACAAGGAGGAAGCAUUGAAUUUCCCUGAACAACGAAAGUAAUCCGAGACUUGCAGGUGAGAAAUGGCUCGUACAAAGCAGACCGCUCGUAAAUCCACAGGAGGAAAGGCUCCUAGGAAGCAGCUGGCCACCAAAGCAGCCAGGAAAAGCGCGCCAUCUACUGGUGGAGUGAAGAAACCCCACAGAUACAGGCCCGGUACUGUUGCUCUGCGUGAGAUCCGUCGGUACCAGAAGUCCACUGAGCUGCUCAUCAGGAAGCUGCCUUUCCAGCGUCUGGUCAGGGAAAUCGCUCAAGACUUCAAGACGGAUCUUCGUUUCCAGAGUGCAGCCAUUGGUGCUCUCCAGGAAGCCAGUGAGGCCUACUUGGUCGGCCUGUUUGAGGACACCAACCUGUGCGCCAUUCACGCAAAGAGGGUCACCAUCAUGCCCAAGGACAUUCAGCUGGCCAGGCGAAUUAGAGGGGAGAGAGCAUAAAUGCUUUUGGAUUUUUAUCUUUUUAUUGGGUUGGGGGUGGGUGGGGGACUGACUGGGGUUUGUUUUGUAAAUCUUGAACUAUUUACCAGCAUGUGUGCCACCUUAAGUGAUUUGUAGUUUGAGGCAUGUUUUUGUAUUUCCAUUUCACACACUCUUCCUUCAGCUGUCCUGUUUGCUGUAGAGUAGUGCUUGAUAUUUGUAAAUCCUAAAGCAGAAUAUCUCACUUCCUUCCUCAGGUCUGCAAAUGUAUUUUAGGGUCUGUAUCUUUUUAAUCCUGUGUGUGCAUGUCAUAGGAUUUCUCAUUGUGCUGUAAAUAAACUUUCCGCUACCUCACCCUGACUCGAGUUUACUGCAGACAACCUCGGGUACAAGUACAAAUUCGGGACCCAUUGGCUCAAUGCCAGGGCUUCUUUGCACUAUGACUUUGAUCUAACAAAUUGGAUGUUCAUCAAGUGAUCAUGUGCACUCUGAAGCAGUGAUUCAGAAAAGACUUGGCAAAUGCCUUUUGUUCAAGUUUAUUGACAUUGUAAGUAUUGUAUUUCCCAAUUAAUGUAAGCUCUUAAACUCAAGACGUACAGCAUCAUGUAAAAAACUCACAAGUAAACAGCUGCAACAGCUGUAGAGUAAACCAGACCCUGAUGAAAACUGAGUUAACCUAGACUCCAGGAUGAAUGAGUUGAACUGAGGCCUCUUAGUCUAGGUUUGAACUAAUAACCUGUAGUUAUUGGAAUAUUUGUGACAUUCAUGUAUCAAUGGACGGCCUUAUUUCCACACAAAGCAUUGACUUUGUGUUCCAGGUCCACAUAGUACAAUUCACAAUAAAUACAACCUGAUAUAAAACCUG